AUGGAGCGCACUUGCUUCGGCACUCCUGGCCCUCGCACAAGCAGCAGCAUAACAUUCACGCUGUUUGUGUUUGGCUGGGCGCUCUUAUGCGGCGGAUCUCUACUUUCUGUCUAUGGGUUCGCGACAUGCCAGUCCGACAGCUGUAUCACCUACAAGGUGACGGGCCCGGUACUUGCCGGGUUAGGGCUGGCAUGUUUAAUGAUGGCAGAGUUUACUGCCAAACGAGACAGGAGAAGGAGGGAAUUAGAAGGAGACCCGACGGAUCCAGAUAGCAGCUUCCUCUGCGGGAAAAGCCGGCAGUUUGUGCAGUUCGUAAUACUCGGGAUGCUGUUACUGGCUUGCGUGGUACUGAUUUGUAUCCCAGGACUUGUGUUUCCAGCCUGCAAGCCGGUAUCCAACACAGACAAACCCCCUAAAGUCUGUGAAACUCCCUUCCUGCAGGCAAUCGUAAUCAUACUAAUCGUCUUGUGUUACUGCCUGGCUAUCUGUCUGAGUAAAGGCCGUCGGGACGGCGACUCUGAGGAGGACCCAGAAGCCUGCAGAUAUCAGCCGCUUCCUGUAAGGGUGGGUGACGAAGUCUUCGCGUUCCCGUCAGUCCCACCUCCACACUUUGCAGGAGGACAUGAUCGGCCAAUGAGCAGGGACCCUCCUUCCUAUGACAGCAUCCUGUUUGAAAGGGGCGACCGUGAUUCCGGCGGAAGAGACGGGGAAAACGUACACACCGUUCCAUGGCGAUGGGGGCCGAGAGUAGAAUUCAUCAACGAGCCUACCCCUUCGGAGCCACCUCCAAGAUAUGAGGACAUAUACCCUAGUCAGCCGGAUCCUGAAGAGAGUUCAUCAUCAUCAUCAUCAUCGUAUUACUCGGUUUCCCAAUCAUCGGAGUCGAGUGACUAUGAGCUUGCACCAGGACCCUAA